AUGGUGGUACCAGCAGCCGCAGCGGCCGCCUCUUCGAUCGCCCCAAUGGCAGGCUCCGCGUUAAUAAACGAAGCGUUAAUCGCGUACGGCUACGUCGCCACUUGGAUCGGUCUCUCCUCGGGAGUGAUUUUAUUCAACAAGUACAUCUUAUCGUUUUUCGGGUUCCCGUUCCCGAUUUCUUUAACCAUGAUACACAUGUGUUUUUGCUCGUGUAUGGCGUUUUUAAUCAUUCGAGUGUUUAAGCUGGUAAAUUCGAACGAUCUGGACAGGCAGACGUACGUGCAAAAGAUCGUCCCAGUCGGGGCGUUGUUUGCGCUGAGUUUAUGGCUCUCGAACACCGCGUACGUGUACUUAUCCGUGGCGUUUAUUCAGAUGUUGAAAGCGUUGAUGCCGGCGAGCGUGUAUACCGUCGGGUGCUUGAUGGGGAUCGAACAGUUCACGUACGCGAGGUUGGCGAACAUGUUCGUGAUUACGUUAGGAGUGUGCAUUGCGUCUUACGGGGAGUUGAACUUCCACUUGUUAGGGGUGUUGAUUCAGUUGGCGUCGGUGUGCGCGGAAGCCUUUAGAUUGGGAUUGGUACAAAUAAUAUUAAACUCGGAAAAGCUGAAGAUGAAUUCGAUAACGACGUUGUAUUACGUGUCGCCGGCGUGCUUUGUAUUUUUGUUGAUACCGUUUACGUUUUUAGAAGUUCCGAGAUAUUUAGACACAAACACGGAAGUGAAUACGAGUCAACCGCACAUUUUGUUCUUAAACGCGUGCACGGCUUUCGCGUUGAACAUGGCGGUGUAUUUGUUAAUCGGAAAGACGUCGGCGCUGACGAUGAACGUCGCCGGGGUGGUCAAAGAUUGGUUGCUGAUUUUCAUCAGUUCAGCGUUGUUUGAUGCGCCAAUCACAAAGUUACAACUUUUUGGGUACGGGAUUAGUUUUGUGGCGGUGUGUUAUUAUAAUUAUUCCAAAUAUAAAGAUCGAGAGAAGGCGAUGUCGAUGCCAAAGAUAGACGCGAAAUCCGAGGACGGCGCGAACAGUAGCAGCACGGAACGAGAAAUGAAUGCCAAAGCUUAA